CCCAACUUACCGUAAAGUUGUGAGAAACAGCUGCUAAUGCUUCCGAGGGGAUUUCUAACGUUGUUGUGCCUGUGAAACUCAACAAAACCAGGAGGAUAUUUUACCCAUAGUUCUGUUUAACAGUGGGGAGUUACAUUCUAUGCGGAGGUGUGUGUGUUAUUGGAAAAACCAUGUCCAAAACAGAGUGUAAAGCUGCUCAGGAUCUGACUGCUGCGAUGGAGAAGACGAUGCAGCGGCUUCAGGGAAGGUUCCAGGCGAUGUCUGAACAGCUGGAGUCCAAAGUAGAUGAGAUGGGAACACGCAUCGAUGACCUGGAGAAGAACGUCAAUGAGUUAAUGACACAAGCCGGCAUGGAGCAGCAAGGGGUCGCAAAAUGACGCGGAGCGCUUUUUCCCUGUAACCUCCUCACACUGGUGUCGUAGAUCCUUGCAAACAAGGAUUGAUACCAGUAAUUUACAUCAAACAUGCCCAAAGAUUUACACAAGUUUGAGUUCUCUAAGGUGCUGCACUCAAUCUCAGACAUUUAAAGUUUCUCUGAAUUUGUACAGUGAUAACCUGUUUGCAGCUUAAAGGGGUCAUAUUUUACUAAACCUACUUUUAUUAGUCUUUGGUACAUUUAUUUGUGUAUUUGGACACAAAUAGUUCCAAAAGUUGGAAUUUGAACCUCCC